AAUCAGCCGGGCAACAAUGUAAAAAACACCUCUUCCGCUCUCUCUCUCGCACGCGAGACAUCUGGCUCUUCCCAUCUCAUCCCUUCUCUGCUCUUUGAAGUUGUGGAGCGAAGUCGAGACUCGAUAGGAAUCAGUGUUCGAAAGAAAACCUCUCCAGGCCCCAAGGCUCCAUCAAUCUCUUCUUCUUCGAUAUGGAAAAGGAGAUGGGGAUGCCUGUGGCUUCCCUCCAUAAGAACAGCUCAUCGUCUUCGACGGUCCGGUUUCUUGGCCUCCUAAAACAGCCGGAUUCCGAUUCGGUGCCCUUGGAAUUGGACGAAAGCGAGGUGGUUUGGUCAGCUGAGCUCUCCGAUUCCCCUCAAUCUGAUUCCCUCGGUUCGAUUCGCUCUUCCUCCUCUACUGUACUACCGACUUCCCCUCCCGAUCAUCGCCACCGCCAAUAUCGGCCGGAAAGAUUCGGUCUUUCGGCAGCUUUGUCGGACGACCGCCGCCCGCUUGUGCAGAGAAAACCAUCCCUGAAUCCUUCACUGUCCGCCGCUAGUGCGGCAAGAACGAUUCCACCAGUGCCCGUUCCACGCUCCGGGGGAUCAACCUCUGAAGACUUUUCAAACUCAUCUUCAGGCAGAACCAAGUUUCAUCAGUCUGCUCCAGUGAACGUGCCAGUCUGGAUUAGGGGGGUUGUCAAUGGAGGCCAUGGAUCUUCCAAUUUGGGGACUUUCAACGAGGACGAUGAGGACACGGUGGAGGAGAUGCUACCACCGCACGAGAUCGUGGCAAGGUCACAUGCCACCACUUUCUCUAUGUUCGAAGGGGUGGGGCGGACACUCAAAGGAAGGGAUCUACGCCGUGUCCGGAAUGCCGUUUUCCAGAAGACAGGUUUUCUAGACUGAAACUUGAAACCCCCAGUGACCUUAUCUCUAUGCCGCUUUUUAUUUAUUUGGUGAUGCAUCUCCUGUCAAAACGUUCCUCACAGGAAAUUGUAAUAUUUCAGGUCCUCUUUUUAUCUAUAUUUUUUUUGGAAACUUUUGUUCAUAGGGGAAUUCGUUGUCUUUGUGUUAAUUAUGGUUGAUUACAUUUUUUCAUGAAUUGAUACUUGAUGUCAACUUGUAUUUAUUAGACUGGAAAUUUAAGAAGAAAGGUUUGGCUUUCCAA